ACGUUUAACUAGACCAUCCCCUAUUCCUGCUCGUAUUUCCCAUCAGUUGCUCUUCUCUCAACAUCUCUGGCGCAAACAUGAAGUGUGCUCAGCUUGUACUAGAGAUGAUGUUCUUAUUGUUACUGGUCAGUGCUCAAGCAAGGCUGGUCUACAGGCAGUUGACAAGCGACUUUCCGCCCGAGUACGAAUACAUUGGUUGCUUUCGGGAGCAGCUGCCAUCACGUGCUCUUCCUGUGCAUUACCUUACAAUCUCUGCCAAUCCCGGCGCAGUGAUCACGGACUGUGCACGUGCUGCGGUCGCUAAGGGGUUCGUGAUCUUCGGUGUGCAAAAUGGAAAUGAUUGCUGGGGCGGGGAAGGACGCGUUGCGUACGAGCGUUACGUGUCAUCGACUCAGUGCGAGUUUGGGGAUGUAGGACCACUGUUAAUGUCUGUGUACCGCAUUACCAAAGUGGACGGCUACUGUGUGGUGAAAAACUCGUUAUACCAACAUGGCGAACCGAUAAAGACGGACGAUAUGGACGACCCUUGUCAAUCUUGCUCAUGCACUUACGGUGGUCGUCUCGAAUGUUAUAAGAAUAGAUGUCCGCCCGUGGAUUCCUACUGCCAGAAAACCUUCACCCUUCCUGGAACAUGCUGCAAGGCGUGUGCGUGUUACCACAAUAAUAGAGCAUACAGCAAUGGCGACCGCUGGCAGCUGAUUGAUGGCUCAAAUUGCUUCUCGUGUACAUGCGUGAAUGACAAACCCGUCUGUGUUAUACCUGUCUGUCCAACCUGUCAAUCAUACGUACAAGUGUCUGGACAGUGCUGCCGUGCGUGUGCUCCGGUUACAAUUACAAUUAGCGAAACGACCACACCGAAGCUAACUUUGCCUCCACCACAGGAAGACCGACAUUAAAUACUCGAGUCGAGUAUUCCACCAACUAUGGGGAGUUUGGAUUAUAUAUUACGCAAGUGUUGGUGGUUCAAAAAUUUCCUAUUAGACCUUUAUUAUAAAGUCUGGCUCUAUGAAUGGCAAAUAAAUCCAUUAAAAUCA